CCUUCUUAUCUCAGUGCAGUAUACAUAAUGAUGGCUGCAGUAUACAGCAACAGAAUGACUGUGACACACAUUCCUAUACUUUCUCAUGCUUGUACCCACAUGUCUUCGGGCAUCCAUGUGUUCAUCCAUGCAAGCAUAUAGUAUAGCUGAAGGGAGGAUGCACAACGGAGGACCCACAAGGUGACAAUACCUUGCAGAUCUGGGCUAGAACGAAGAUUAAAAGGUGAUCCCUCCCCUCUCUCUACCAUGCCACUAUUAUUAUUUUUCUUACUGCUCCUACCCUCUCUCCACCUAGCUUCCACUCCUUCAUCAAAUGUUUCUUCCUGUGGCAAUACCCAAACUGGAAACUGUGUAGAUGGAGUUCUCCUACCUGCUUGGCUACCUCAUCCACCUUCCACUGGUGACCGGGCAGCUCGUGCCAUAGUAUACUUUGUUGCCCUGGUCUACAUGUUUUUGGGAAUGUCCAUAAUAGCUGAUCGUUUUAUGGCAUCCAUUGAGGUCAUCACUUCUCAGGAACGCAGAAUCACUUUCCGAAAGCCCAAUGGAGAGGUGACAGUGACAAGUGUACGUUUAUGGAAUGAGACUGUUUCCAAUCUCACACUGAUGGCCUUAGGUUCUUCUGCACCCGAGAUCCUGCUUUCUAUAAUUGAAAUUGUUGGGAGAAGAUUUGAGGCAGGUGACAUGGGCCCAAGCACAAUUGUGGGAUCAGCUGCCUUUAACAUGUUUGUAAUUAUCGGCCUUUGUGUAGCAGUGGUCCCAGAUGGGGAGAGCAGACGUAUCCGUCACCCACGUGUGUUUGCUGUUACUGCAUUUUGGAGUGUCUUUGCUUAUGUGUGGCUUUUCGUAAUCUUGUCCUGGUCUUCACCAGGAGAAGUUGAGGUAUGGGAGGCCCUGUUGACAUUCCUUUUCUUUCCGUUGUGCGUCUUACAAGCUUGGCUGGCAGAUCGACGUCUCCUUUUUUAUCGCUAUGCAGGACGAGGGAGAGAGGGGAAAGCAAAGUAUAGGGCUGGUAAAAGCCGGGGGGUGCUGGUGGGUGCAGAGGACACAGUAGGACAGGAGGCAGGAGAUUUUAGAAUGGCUGGAGGAGGAACAGAUUUGGAAAGUGAUGUGGAAGAAGAAGAACGGCGAGAUAUGGCCAGGGUAUUUAAGGACAUGCGUCAACGAUAUCCCGGCAAGGACAUGGAGCAGUUAAUGGAGCUAGCCAAUUACCAAGUGCUUGUUCAACAACAGAAGAGCCGGGCUUUUUAUAGGAUUCAGGCCACCAGGAUGAUGAUUGGUGCAGGCAAUGUGUUAAAGAAGCAUGCAGCAGACCAAGCAAGGAGGGCUCUUAGUGGUAAAAGUACAAGGUGUGGUUCUGGGGCAGGGCUUGCAGAGGAUCAGGGACACUGGACAGAAAUAGAGUUUGAGCACACUCAUUACCAGUGCUUUGAAAACUGUGGAACGGUUAGUUUGUGGGUGGUGUGUAAAAGAGCAGAGGAUGGUGGUGCUGUGCAGGUUGAUUAUAGAACAGAGGAUGGCACAGCCAAUGCAGGUUCAGAUUAUGAAUCAGCAGAGGGUACAUUAAUAUUUCAAGCUGGUGAAGUGAAAAAGGAAUUACGUUUAGGCAUAAUUGAUGAUGAUGUAUUUGAGGAGGAUGAGCAUUUCUAUGUACAGCUGAGCAACCCUCGGAGAGCAAGGGGGGUUAGAGAAGGACAGGGCAGGGUAAGGUUGGGAACUGGGAAGAGAGCUACUGUGACUAUAUUUGAUGAUGAUCAUGCUGGUAUCUUCAGCUUUGAGACUGGAAGUAUGAGGGUGAGUGAGAGCAUUGGCACAAUGAGGGCUAAAGUUGUGAGGGGAUCAGGGGCACGAGGCAAAGUAGUCAUACCCUACAGGACCAGCGAGGGAACUGCCAAGGCAGGAGAGGACUACCUAGAAGUUACAGGAAAGGUGGAGUUUCAGAACGACGAGACUAUGAGAUUUAUUGAGAUACAGAUUAUUGAUGAUGAAGAAUAUGAAAAAAACAAGAAUUUCUUCAUUGAGCUUGGAGAACCAGAAAUUCAGAGAGGAGGAGAUACUAGUAAGAAAUGGGUGGUGCCGAACAAAGGAAGUGAAGAAAUAGCUGGGAGCCCCAGUUUAGGGGAGCACUGGAAGAUGGAAGUCAUAAUAGAAGAAUCCUAUGAGUUCAAGAGCACAGUGGACAAGCUGAUUAAGAAAGCUAACUUGGCCCUUGUUGUUGGAAGCAGCAGCUGGAGAGAACAGUUUGUAAGUGCAGUGACUGUCAGUGCAGGAGAUGAUGAUGAUGAGGAAAGCAGUGAGGAAGGGCUGCCUAGUUGCUGUGACUACAUCAUGCAUUUCCUGACUGUCUUCUGGAAGGUCCUCUUCGCCUUUGUGCCACCCACUGAAUAUUGGGGGGGCUGGGCCUGUUUUCUGGUUUCUAUCUGCAUCAUUGGGAUCCUCACUGCUGUCACUGGGGACCUGGCUGCUCACUUUGGCUGCACUGUUGGGCUCAAGGAUUCUGUCACUGCUGUGGUCUUUGUUGCUUUGGGAACAUCAGUGCCAGACACUUUUGCAAGCAAGGUGGCAGCAGUGCAAGACCCAUUUGCAGAUGCCUCCAUUGGAAAUGUGACAGGCAGCAAUGCCGUGAAUGUUUUCUUAGGUCUGGGAAUUGCAUGGAGUAUUGCUGCUAUAUACUGGGCUGGAAAAGGCCAAACCUUUCUUGUGGAUCCUGGGAGUCUUGCCUUCUCAGUAACCCUCUUUACUGGUCUGUCCAUAAUCUGCCUCUCCACUCUACUCUACCGUCGACGCCAAGCAAUAGGGGGUGAGCUCGGGGGGCCUUGGAUUCCGAAGGUCUUUACUUCCCUUCUUUUCCUGAGCCUAUGGCUUCUGUACAUACUCCUGGCCUCACUGGAGGCCUAUUGCCACAUCAAAGGCUUCUGAGGCACUCAGGCUAUUCAUAAAAUAGUUUCCCCUCCAAAAAUAUUCAUGAAAUUAUUAGUGAAUUGUAUGUUUAAGCAAUAGCCAAUUUAGUAAUUGAUGGUGGUCAUCUAAUCACCAUAAAUCAUUUUUCUCUUUCCUGUUUCCUUUUUAGGGCAAUAAUAAUAAUUCCUUAUAAUAAUGCCUUACCAUGGGUAGUAAUAAAGGCAAUAGUAACGACCUUGAGAAAUCAAUUAUAACCUCAAUGAUGUAGAGCACAGUUAUAUUUUCACUUCUUGGGCAACUAUUAAAUCCGACAUAUUUUAUCAUUUUUAAUAUUACACUUGGAGGCACCAAAUGAUAAUAUAACGGAUACCUGUUAUCACAAUGUGUGAAAUGCCAUUGCUGUUUUAAAUUAAUCUCCUCUGCAGUUACAGAAGGAUUAUGACUUUCACAGUUACCUGGACUUUCAAUAAUAUAUACAAUAAAGACAAUGCAAUCAAACAGCACAAUUUACCAGAAAACAACGCAUAUCCAGGGCUUCCAUUAUCACCUGUGGGCAAAAACAGAUCCAAGUUGCUUUGGGACAUCAGGCGAUGGGAACAAAGAUUGGAAUAAUAUAUGCAAGAGAGAAAAAAAGACAAAAUAAUGUAUUAAAUUGAAAAAAAACCCACAAAAGACAGGUGUGAGAAAAGGCAAAACUUUAUUUAAUGAACUAGGUUAAAAAGAACAGAAAAGGGCAAGUUUGUAAAUGGAACAAAUACA